CCAUAAUAUUUAUCAAUUUUCCGCACACUAAUCGAUAAUAUCGACGAUCCCCAUUUUUUGCUGAUAAAAAAGGGGAAAAAAAGAAAAAGGAGAGAAAAUGGCGGAGAAGGCGGCGGCGUCUGACGUAGCGCGUGGAGGUUGGAGCGAAACUCGGACGUGCGUUGUUUUAGGAGGUCGUGGAUUCAUAGGAAGAACGCUAGUCAACAGGUUACUGCGACUCGGAGGCUGGAUCGUCCGAGUCGCUGACUCAUCAUCUCACUCGCUGCUGCUCGAUACUUCCUCUGGUUUAGAUUCUCUCCUCUCUGAUGCUAUCAGUUCUGGUCAAGCCACCUUUUGCCACGUCGAUGUUCUCGAUACUUCUCAAAUCGUCAAAGUAACUACAGGGGCAGAUGUUGUAUUUUACAUGGAACCGACUGAUUUAGACACACAUGAUUUCAGUAAUUGCUACGUGAUCAUAGUUCAAGGUGCAAAAAAUGUCAUUAAUGCAUGCCAAGAAAGUAAAGUUAAGCGACUUGUAUACAAUAGUUCUGCAGAUGUUGUUUUUGAUGGUUCACAAGAUAUACUUAAUGGUGAUGAGUCCUUCGCUUACCCAGGGAAAUUUAAGGAUAUGACAGUUGACCUUAAGUUUCAAGCUGAAGGACUAAUCAGGUUAGCUAACAAUAUUGGCGGUCUUCAAACAUGUGUACUUCGCCCUAGCAAUGUCUUUGGACCUGGUGAAACACAAUUUGUGCCUUUGCUAGCGAAUCUGGCCAAGUUCGGUUUGGCAAAGUUCAUUACAGGAAGUGGUGGAAAUAUGUCUGACUUUACCUAUGUCGAGAAUGUUGCUCAUGCUCAUAUCUGUGCUGCAGAAACUAUGGAUUCUUGGGUAGUCUCGGUGGCUGGAAAGGCUUUUUUCAUUACAAAUCUCGAGCCUAUAAUGUUCUGGGAAUUUAUCUCUCUCAUACUUGAAGGCUUAGGGUAUCAAAGACCGUUCAUAAAAGUUCCUACUUGGAUGGUUUCCUAUGUAGUCAUACUUAGUCAAUACAUACACGACAAGUUGGGCUACAGAAUGUAUAAAUAUUCCGUGUCACCUCAUUACAUUGUUCAGUUAGCUUCACGUAACAGAACUUUUGACUGCUCUGCAGCUCAAAAGCAUCUUGGAUACUCACUUGUUGUCUCACUAGAAGAUGGUAUCAAGUCAACAGUUGCAUCAUUCUCUCAUUUAUCUAAAUACUCAUCUUUUAUGAGAUUCGGCAAUUUUGAUGAACAAUCCAAAGCAGAGAAGCUGCUAGGCAGCGGGAUAGUUGCAGAUGUCCUCCUGUGGAGAGAUGAAAGGAGAACAUUUAUGUGCUUCCUUAUACUGGCUUUGGCAUUUUACUGGUUCUUUUUCUGUGGAAAAACUUUUACCUCAUCUGCAGCCCAGCUUCUGCUGCUAGUUACAGCCAUUCUUUAUGGAUACGGUAUUUUAGCAUCAGAUAUAUGUGGUUUUGCUGUUCAAAACAUACCUUCAUCUUGUUUUGAAAUCCAAAACUCAGACGUGAAAAAUUCAAUCAGAUCCAUAUCUUAUAUGUGGAAUAGAGUAGUUUGUAGUAUCCGAUUGUUGGCCAAGGGAGAGGAUUGGAGCAGGUUUUUCAAGGUUAUGGCUUUCCUUUAUUUGUUCAAGUGGAUUGUAUCAUAUUCCUUGGCUGUUCUUGUUGGCAUCGUUCUGGUUUUUGCCUUCACUGCAUUCUUCAUUUACGAACAAUAUGAAUCAGUGAUCGAAGGAUUAUGGGCAGUUUUGUUGUUUGGUAUCAUGGAAUCAAAAGGAUUGAUAAUAAGUACCCUGCCAGAUUACGUCACAGCAUUUCUUCGAAACAACAACGGUUCGCAUCAAGAAAAAGCUCACUUUUCGUAAAUGCACGGUAAUUACCAGUUCAAGCUCUUGUAGUAGUAUUUUAGUUUUCCUUACUGAUCGGCUUGUAUUGUGUUUAGACUAGCUUAGACUAGCAUCGAUGAUCAGACGAUAGAAAUUGUUUUCCUAUCAAAAUAUAGUAGCUUAAUUGAACAGCAUAAAUUCUAUCCCGUAUCAUUAAAAGUAAAUCAGGGUAAAAUACACAUGUUACCAGACUUGACGGUGAGUGUUGAAUACAGGUACGUUCAUAUUGUUAUC